AUGACAGCCCGCGGGGCUGAAGAACAGUCCAUCGAGAGCAACGUCAGACAACUCAACCUCGCUCCAUCAGACGCCGUUGCUGUGGACGUGAACCAUGGCCAGUCACCAGAGCUCAACAAACCUCCGUUGCUUAAACAUGUCUCCACCCCCGCCUAUGACAGUCCGCUCCGCCACCAUCGUCGCGUCGCCUCUGCCAAUCCUAGGCAGGUCAAGGAGUCCCUGAAUGCUCGCUCCGAAUAUGUGACCAGUCAGGACGAUGGGGUUGCCGAACAUCGUAUCAACCAGUAUAUCAUCAAACAAGAGAUCGGGCGCGGCUCUUUUGGUGCCGUCCAUUUAGCAAAAGAUCAAUAUGGCAAAGAAUUUGCAGUCAAAGAGUUCUCCAAGUCGCGACUACGGAAGAGAGCUCAAUCACACAUCUUGCGCGGCCCUCGAAGGGGCGGUAAGCAAGGCUUUAAUUCUCCCCUCCAUCGCGGAGUCGCCGGCGGCUCCAUGGACGAGGUCACGCCCAACUCAGUGGAUCUCAUUAAGGAAGAGAUAGCAAUUAUGAAAAAGUUGAACCACCCCAACCUUGUGUCCCUCAUCGAGGUACUUGACGACCCGAGCGAGGACUCCCUCUAUAUGGUUAUGGAGUACUGCAAGAAAGGCGUUGUCAUGAGCGUCAGCCUCGAAGUGCGAGCAGACCCAUACCCGGAAGACACCUGCCGCUACUGGUUUCGCGAUCUAAUCCUGGGUAUCGAAUAUCUUCAUGCUCAAGGUAUCGUCCACCGAGAUAUCAAGCCAGACAAUUGCCUCAUCACCGAAGACGAUGUGCUUAAAAUUGUGGAUUUCGGCGUUUCCGAGAUGUUCGAGAAAGAAUCACAGAUGGUCACUGCAAAAUCCGCCGGUAGUCCCGCUUUCCUGCCGCCCGAACUGUGCGUUGCGAAGCACGGUGAUGUAUCAGGCAAAGCAGCUGAUGUCUGGUCCAUGGGAGUCACCCUCUUCUGCAUGAAAUAUGGUCGUCUGCCUUUCGAGAAGGGCCAGAUUAUCGAGCUGUACGAUUCGAUCAGAGCCGACGAACCCGACGUAGCCCCCGAGACCAAUCCGGCAUUCAUUGACCUUAUGCAUCGGAUCCUGGAGAAAGACCCUACCAAACGUAUAAAGAUGCCGGAACUCAGAGCGCACCCAUGGGUGACCAAAGGGGGCCGAGAUCCACUACUCUCUGAGGAAGAGAACACGGCAGAAAUCCUAGAGCCGCCGACUGAGGCGGAGAUGAAUGCAGCCAUCACAAGCAACAUGCGCAAUGUGAUGACCGUAAUCAAGGCAGUUGGCCGCUUCAAGGCACUCUUACACAAGAAGCGACCAUCGGUGAUGAACUCGAUCCUAGGGGAUCACGAUGAUUCUCGCUUCUCGUUGCCCCCUGGCAGAAUGGCCAUUGAUAAUGUGGCACCUCCACACCUACCACACAAGUCUCACAGUGUCAAUCUUUUCGAUCGUGAUCGCAGAGAAGGUGCUCUUGUAGCAGAAGGCGUCCAUCGGGAUUUCCCAACCACAGACGACCCGGUACCGGUGGUCUCUCAAAAGGUUGCGCCGACGUUAGACAUCCCGGGCCGAUCGCAGCACUCCAAGAGCGAGCCACCAAAGCCAACCUAUGACUACAGCUCAGAUUCGGAAGACGACGAUCUGCCACAAGUUCCGAUGGGGGAUGAUCCGAGUCCAGUCGAAAUCAAGAGGCUACCAAAGUUUCGCUCCAUCAAGCGGCAUGCACGGUCUGAGGGCGGCACGCGAGGGCAGGCGCGAAACCCGCUGCAAAAUCAACUAUUCCUCAACAUUGGUCCAUCGACUUUUUCCGGUGAACCAACCGAGCACGACCCGGACAGCAGCUUUGCACCGGGUGACGAGGUGUACAUGGUAAGCGAGAGUCCCGGAGCAGCAGACGUAGACAUCUACGAAACAGCCUAUCGUGACGAAAUUGAGCGAAUCCUUGCUCGAGCUAAAGAACAAGAGAAAGAGCCGCAGGUCUAUCUAACACGACGCGUGGACGAGAGACUGCUUGCAAUUAGUGGUUGGGCAGGCCGGUGGAUGGCGGGGGCUGAGGAAGCCGCGUCCAACAUCGACUAUUACACGCAAUUUUCGGCACGCAGGGCAAAGGUGACUGAAGUCAGCCGAGCUCUGCGACAUGCCGCUAAAGAGGAGUAUGAACGGCGUAGACAGGAGAGGCGCGAGCUGAUCGCAAAAGCGAGGGCGGAGCGUGCCAAACAGAAAGGCAAAGACGGGCAAACUGACUCUCCCACUCCUGGUUACGAUCCAACAUCGCCAGACGUAGUGGAAUCGCCAGCAACGAUAUCGCCACAAGCGAGUCGAUCGUCGGGAUCUAUGCUCAAAGGUAGGGCAGUCGACAAAGGGCGACAAGCACGCGAGUCGCUCAUGGGUUUCGUGGAUCUGAUGAAAAGUCGACGCACCAGAUCGAAGGACGACAAUCCCUGA